AUCAUCAUGUCACCGUUUAUCUUCACCAUCCUUUUCAUCAUCUUCACCAUCUUCUUUGCCAUCCCCUUCUCCGUCCUCUUCAUCAUCCUAGAGAGAAAGUAAAGGGAGAGAAUGGCGGGCUACAUCCCGAAAGUACCCAACUUGAGGAGUUUCACUGUUUCUGCUUCAUCUAAUGGUACUCUCUCUCUCAUUAUAGAUUACAUUUACUUCAUGUGGGUAUCUCCAGUUGUUUGAAAUUCUUGCUGUUCUGUUCAAUUCAUUAAGUUCUGCUCUCAAAAUCCUCCUCAAAGGUGGAAUCUUUACCUUUCAGAUUACACAUACAAUCACAUGCAGAUUAAAGUAUGGAAAUUUAUGUGAAGAUGUUUGUCUUUAACUGUAUUCAAUUGGGUUCUUUGUUGGGUUGAAUGCACACUAGGGGCUCUUCCGGGAUCUAGUAAACAAAGUGGGAGUCCGGUUAUUUUGAUGCUUCCUCUAAUAAGAUAAGUAGACCCCUGAUGCGAACCAGAGCCAAUGAUCCAAACAAGGUGAAGGAUCUCAUGGAUAGCAUCAGAGAAGUCGGUCUUCAAGUACCUGUAAGCACUCUGAUCAUUGUUACUUACCUCUAUUUGAUUUCUAUGUAAUUUGGGAUUUUUGUUGCUUACUACCUAAUUAUUGAUUUUAGCUUCCAAUUCAACUGCCUUGGUGUCUGAGGUUUAAUGUUUGUGUACCAUUAAUUCAAGGCGAAAAGGUUAUAUUUACCUUUUUACUUUCUGGGAUUAUUAAAUCUGAAACUUUUGUGCUUUUUGAAAGAAAUAAAUCUCACACCUUACUUUUAAAUUGAAUAAAAUUAACCCUCCUACAUUUCGUUUGGCCAAUUCAUCUGCCUCCAACCCAGGACAUGCAAGCGGAGAUGAUAAACCGAUUGACCUGAUCAAUAAUCAUACAGAGAGUUAUAUAAACAGAGAACUAUGCAGGAUGAAACAAGUUUCAGUGGAGGGAAAAGAAAACAUUAUCAUAAUUUACAGGCUCUAGGACCAUUGUUGAUAUUAACGCGAAAACCAUCAAGAAUGCCUUCUUCCUCGGCAACAAUUCUGGCCGCAUAAAGAAGUUCGCCAAGAAUCUCUUUACGUCUUGGUUCAGCCUAACAUGGUUGAAUAGAAACCACCAGUAAACAUGACAAACAUUGCAUCUUCAAUGGCUGGAAUAAGAAUUUCUCUAUAGCACUUGUAUCCCUCAGAACUCUUAUUCAAGAAAAUUCUAAUAAAGAUUUUAUGGAUUUGGUCAACAGGUCACAAGUAUUUUCGUGGGGAUGCUAGGCAGGUUCAUAGUUAAAUGCAGAUGAUGGUGAAGAAACAUCUUUUCAAAAGUCAGGUGAGGAACUUCCCCAAUCCUUAUAUAAUAAUGAUAAUAAGUUUAGGCAUUAUAAUUAAGGAUUUUUCUAAUC